AUGGCCAGCGUGCUCCCAUGGAACUGCUGCAGGACUUGCCUGAGCCAGCAAUCACUUCACCCGAUAUUUGCACAUCCCCAACAUAGUGAAAAAUAUUCUAAUUUGAUACUAAUAGCUGCCGGUGUUAAGGUGGUAAUGGAUGACACUCUCCCACAAGUGAUGUGCUCCGUGUGCAUUGCAUAUAUAAACGGGUCCCGGAAAUUCCGCAGGAGAUGCGAGGACGCGCAGAAAUUGCUGGCGGAGAAUAAACCAGGCGAUAUAAAGCUGGAACAAAUGCAGCUCUUCAAGAUAGAAUACGAAAAUGCCACCCAAAUAGACAUCGCCGAGUGUUCCCACGACGACGACUUCAAGGAUUACGAUGACAAUGUCACUUUGGACACACUGCAGUGCAAUUAUGAGUCGGAUAAAGUGACUGACCAAAAGGAAAUAAAGGACCCUACAGACCAAGAACCCAGAUGGGAUGAUGCAAAUGGUUCUAUCACAUUGGCCAGUAUAAAGAGUAAAAAGACUAAUGUUAAAAUGAAACCGGAACGGAUCAAAUCAAAACCCGUCAGAGAACCCAAGAAGGCAGCGAAGAAGCAAAAGAAUGACACUAAACAAGCUAAGGAAGCGAUUGAAUGCGAAUAUUGCCAUAAGGUGUUGACAUCGAAACUGUCAUUGCGCAACCAUUACAAGAUCCACACCGGAUUUGAUGUUGUAUGUGAGCACUGCGGCAAGAAGUUCAUCACGCGCCGUCUCCUGCUGAUGCACUGCCGCGCCAAGCACGGAUACGAGAAGACCGACAAGUGCUCCUUCUGCGACUACAGGGCCUCCAACGCGGAGCAGGUCAAGAUCCACGAGCGCCUCCACACGGGCGAGAGGCCGUUCGUCUGCGGUGAGUGCGGCGCCGGCUUCCACAGGCGGAGCAGCUACCUGCAGCACGUCGCCAUCCACCUGCCGGAGAAGACUGUGCAGUGCGGCCAAUGCCCCGCGCGCUUCAAGUCGCACACGCUGAUGCGCAUCCACGCGCAGCGGCACCUCGCGCCGCGCUACGCGUUCCGCUGCGGCGCGUGCGCGGGCACGUUCGCGCGCCGCCGCAACGUGGCGCGCCACCUGCAGCGCGUGCACUCGCUGCCGCCCGACCAGCGCCACAUCGAGCGGCUGCAGCUGCGC